CCAAAUUCAGACACAAUGGCUUCAAGAAAACCUGUUAAUCGCCCAUCCGUAAGGCACCCGAGUCACAACCAUCCGCUGCGUGUCUUUAAAGCUCGAGACAAAGAUGAGGUCGUCUGCUCUGGCUGCGAGCUAGAGUUAACCGGACAAGCAUUCAAGUGCAUGAAGUCAGAUUGUGAUUACUUCUUGCACAAGUCAUGUUUCGACCUACCUCGUGAAACCAAUCACAAGUCACACCCAAACCACUCUUUGACCCUGCUUCAUUCCCCACCAUAUGGUCAGUCUUACACGUGCGACGCAUGCGGUGAGUACGGAUCUGGAUUCACUUACAAUUGUUCUGAAUGUCAAUAUGAUGUUCAUGUCGGAUGUGCUUUUAUCCCUGAGACCGUGGAGCGGGAAGAUCACGAACACCCACUCACACUUCUCUACAACACACCAUGCAAAGGUCGUGAGGACGGUGCUAAGUUCAUAUGUGAUGUUUGUGAAGAAGAUAUGUCAGAGAAUCUUUGGGUUUAUUACUGCAAAGAGUGUGAUUAUGGGACACAUGUACAUUCUUGCGCGGUGUAUGAAGAUGAUGAGCCAAAGAAAAGAGUAGGAGGUGGGGAAGAAGGAGAAGCGAGCUCUGCGGUUACAAGGAUGAAGUCGCUGAUGAAGGCUCAAGAUGAGAUGGCGGCGUUGCAGCUCGAGGCACGUAUUAGAAACGACACUAAUAAUGCUAUACUCGAUUUAUGGGAUAGUCCAAAGCGGAGAUAUUAUUGGUGAUCGAAUAAACGAGUGAUCAAUUUGAUACAAUGAUGAAGCUUGUGAUUGUUCUUUCCU